CACCCUUAUCCGUAUAUUCUAUGUUUUUAAAAUUCAACAUGAUAAACUUAAAAUACUACGAUGUUGAUUGGAUGAGACUAGUAUACCUUUCACCUAUCCCACCCGCCGGCCAUCGCCGGAAUGCAAAACAGAACAAUGACAAUUUCUCUGAAUUCUUUCUCUAUUCAAUCAGCAACUUUAAUCUUAAUUCUCUGUAGUGCAAUCAUCCAAUCGGUAUCGUACACUUCAUCAUCAAUCCGUCUUCCUCACUCUCAAUCUAGAUCUCCGCCUGUUACUGUCUCCGUCACCGAAUAUGGCGCCACCGGCGAUGGGGUCCACUACGACACCGAACCUAUUCAGUCCGCAAUCGACGCCUGUUGGUCAGCUGGAGGUGGUCGAGUUGUCUUCCCGCCGGGGAAUUACUUGACGGCGACUGUGUUCCUGAAGUCCGGAGUGGUGUUGGAGGUACAGAAAAACGCGACGGUGUUGGGAGGGACUAGGUUGGAGGAUUAUCCGGUCGAGCAAAACAGAUGGUAUGUGGUAUUGGCGGAGGAUGCGGAGGAUGUCGGAAUCACCGGCGGCGGUGAGAUCAAUGGCCAAGGGUUGGAGUUCGUUGUCAGGUUUGAUGAGAGGAAGAAUGUGAUGGUGAGCUGGAAUCAAACCGGAGCAUGUUCCGGUGAUGAAUGUAGGCCGAGAUUGGUUGGCUUCAUCAGAUCCAAACAUGUUAGGGUUUGGGAUGUUCAUUUGUCCGAGCCUGCUUAUUGGUGUUUGCAUUUAGUGCAAUGUGAUAACACAUACAUUCAUGAUGUUUCAAUCUACGGAGAUUUCAAUACCCCAAACAACGAUGGAAUCGACAUAGACGAUUCAAACAACACUGUGAUCACAAGGUGCAACAUCAACACCGGAGAUGAUGCCAUCUGCCCAAAAACAUACGAUGGUCCUCUCUACAAUCUCACAGCCACAGAUUCUUGGAUUCGAACCAAAUCCUCUGCAAUCAAACUUGGUAGCGCUAGUUGGUUCCCAUUCAAAGGCCUUCUCUUCAAUAACAUCACCAUAGUCGAAUCUCAUAGAGGUCUUGGAUUACAAAUACGCGAUGGAGGAAAUGUGAGUGACAUAGUUUUUUCGAACAUAAAUAUAAGUACAAGAUACUAUGAUCCAUCAUGGUGGGGUCGAGCAGAGCCUAUCUACGUGACAACAUGCCCAAGAGAUAACACUUCAAAGACGAGUUCAAUCUCGAAUCUGCUUUUUGUUAAUAUAACAGCUAAUUCAGAAAACGGGAUUUUUUUAUCAGGGUCUGAAAAUGGUGUUCUUAGCAAUUUGAAGUUCUUGAAUGUGAACCUUAAUUAUAAAAGAUGGACUAGUUAUGAAGAUGGAUUGGUUGAUUACAGACCUGGAUGUCAAGGGUUGGUGAAUCAUAGCUCAGCUGGGAUCAUAAUGGAACAGAUUGAUGGUUUGGAGGUAGAAAAUGUAAAUAUGAGAUGGUUAGGGGAUCGUGUGAGGAAAUGGAAUAACCCUUUGGAUUUUAGGCCUUCCAGUGUAGAUAAUAUUUCUCUCAUGAAUUUUCAUUCAAGUUCAUUUAAACAGUAA